CAGCUCAGCUCCAACUGUUGAUCGCCUGUCGCAACCUCUCUACGCUCUCUAUCUACCAAUUCAAUUCUAGAAUCCUGCAGCGAUUCCGGAUUGUUCACCCUCGGUACUCGCUCUCGCUUCUUUCGCAAUGUCCUCUCCUCGUCCUGCGUCCCCCGUCAACUCGCCUGCCGCGGCCAGCGGCGCGAGCGUCGGCCGACCGUCCUCCCCGACCCCCCCCGGUGGCGCCCGAACUGCCAUCCGACGACGCGCUGCUGCCGACCAGAAGGAGAAGAUUGCCAAUGCUCGCCCGACGAGCACGAGGGCAGCUGGUGCUGGCGGCUCCAGCAGCACCAUGCUGAGACUGUACACCGAUGAGUCUCCCGGCCUCAAGGUCGACCCCGUCAUCGUCCUUGUUCUGUCUCUGGUCUUCAUCUUCAGCGUUGUCGCAUUGCACAUCAUUGCCAAGAUUACCAGGCGAUUCUCCAGCUAAGCAAAGAAGAGCAAAUGCUCAGGGGGCGAAUAUUUUCGAACGCAACGAGCGCGCGGUCGGCUACGUCUCAUGAGGGAAGUCUGACGUGGAGCUUGGUCUGCAGACGAGGGUUGAGGAUUAGCGGGCAUCAUGAGAUGCACAGGAUGUGCAUGCUUUCGUGCAUUGGACGAAACCACAGGGAUGAGUAAGAGGAUGCUGGAGCUACAGCUUGUAUUAUACCAAACACAUCCAAAUUUCACGAACAUGGCGUUGUGGCUCUAUUAAGUGC